AUGUUGGGAGCAUCGAGAAGAUUCAUCUCAACAACUUGCCGCUUGGCUUGUGAGGGCACCAAGUCAAAGGAAGUCCCAACACCGGAAGAAGCUGGCUGGGCUUAUAAUCACAUCGAAAGAAAGAAGGGAAUGUACAAACCACAACAUAGUAUCACUGAACAAAUCAACUAUAUGAAAAGUAAAUCAUAUGUUGAUGCCUACAAAGGUUUGCCAAUUUAUCGUUGGUAUAAGCGAAAUAUCAAAGGACAAUCCAAACUUCAACCACCGCCACGUCUUUUCUGCAUUGACAAACAUGGGCGAUUCAAUAAGAAUCAUGCUUGUCCAGUGUGCCGUGAUGAAUAUUUAUAUUUCGAUUAUCGAAAUCCAGGGCUCAUUGAGCAAUUUUUGGCGGAUGGAACUGAUCAACCAAUCGAUAUUUUGAAAAGUGGUUUGUGCAAGGAGCAAUAUAAUCAAUUGAAGGCGCAAUUGUUGAAGGCGAAAGAGCACGGAACUAUCACUUUUGGUAUCGAGUUUCGCAAUUUUGAUUAUCGUCAAUGGUAUAAAACAUGGACAAGUGAACCGGGACAACCUGUGAGUUGGAAAAAAUGCUGGUUUUCGAAAAAAAUAAUUUUUUUAUUGAAUUUUCAGGUCGAAAGAGCUGGUGUGCGCUUGCAAGAUAUUCAUCCAGAUCCACUUGUUCAAUUCCCAACUUUCAAAAAUGACAAAAACAAUGAUUGGGAUGAGUGGUGGAUUCGACACGACAAAUUUGCGAGAAAGGCAAAGUAG